GCGCGCGCACAGACACGGUGACGCCAAACUUCAUUUAUAUUAUAGCGAAGUGAAAGUUUACCUGAACAUCUGCAGAGCUGCAGACCUGAUUUAACACUUCUGAAUGUAUCUCCGGGGUUUGAUCGGAUCAGCUUUCGAUUCGGCGUUAAAUCAAGAACCUUAAAUCCACCUUAAAAUAAGUUUUAGCAGUAUUGUCUCAGGCAGGCAGCAGUGUUAGCAAAUAAAUAACGACUGUUUGAAUUUAAUUUAAAUGUUCUGCUUUGCUCGGGCCACUGCUGCCAUUUAACAGUACAUUACUACAGUGAAGUAAUAAGCUAAGUUUUUAAGAAUAGUCUCACUUUAUGUUUAGAGUUAAAUUCAUCCCCACUUUAAGUUGGUUGUUUUCUGAAUGGACUUCCGUGUGACGCUGUCCCGGUGUCAGAGAACGGAAUGUGUUGUCGGGACAUGGCAGAGUCCUCGUGUCGUGAACAGGAGACUCACACAGGACAGGAGGGGGAGGAGGACACGGUGUCCACAGGCUGCUACUACUCAGAGUUUCAAACACGCUGAUGAGAAGUGAAGCAGAUGUGAAACAUCACUGAGGACAGCAGACAUGGAUUUAUUCAAACUGCAGAAGGUGGAGGAUUUCUAUGAAAUUGGUGAAGAGCUGGGAAGCGGGCAGUUUGCCAUCGUGAAACAAUGCAGGGAGAAAAGCACCGGUCUGGAAUUUGCCGCCAAGUUCAUCAAGAAGCGUCAGAGCAUGGCGAGCUCUCGAGGAGUGCGGCGGGAGGAGAUAGAGCGGGAGGUGGACAUCCUGCAGAAGAUCGAGCACCCCAACAUCGUUACGCUGCACGACGUCUACGAGAACCGGACGGACGUGGUGCUGAUCCUGGAGCUGGUCUCUGGAGGGGAGCUGUUUGACUUCCUGGCACAGAAGGAGUCUCUGAGUGAGGAGGAGGCCACUCAGUUCAUCAAGCAGAUCCUGGAGGGAGUCAACUAUCUCCACGCCAGGAAGAUCGCCCACUUUGACCUCAAGCCUGAAAACAUCAUGCUGCUGGACAAGAACGUGCCGUUACCGAGAAUCAAACUCAUUGAUUUCGGUCUCGCCCAUAAAAUUGAAGCUGGUGUUGAGUUCAAAAACAUCUUUGGAACACCGGAGUUUGUAGCACCAGAGAUCGUCAACUACGAGCCGCUGGGAUUAGAAGCAGACAUGUGGAGCAUCGGGGUCAUCACCUACAUCCUGCUGAGCGGUGCUUCACCUUUCCUGGGGGAGACCAAACAGGACACGCUGGCAAACAUCUCAGCUGUGAACUAUGAAUUUGACGAGGAGUUCUUCGGUCACACCAGCGAGCUGGCCAAGAAGUUCAUCAGCCAGCUGUUGGAGAAGGAUAAGAUGAAGAGAUUAACAAUUCAAGAUGCUCUCAAUCAUCCGUGGAUCAAGUCAAAUGAGCACAAGGAGGAAAACAAAGCCAAGGAGCUGAAGAAACGGGAGCGACGCCAGCUGAAGACCAAGCGCCUGAGGGAGUACACCAUCAAGUCCCACUCCAGCAUGCCACCCAACAACACCUAUGUAAACUUUGAGCGCUUUGCCCAGGUGGUGGAGGACAUUGACCAUAUGGAGAGCUCGUUCGUCAGUCUGGCAGUGGCCCAUGACUCCCUGCAGGAGGACAUCGAUGCCAUGGUCUCUAUAUACAAUGAGAAGGAGGCCUGGUACAAGGAGGAGAGUGAAGACGUGCGCCACGAGCUCUCCCAAAUCCGCUACGAGUUCCGUAAGGUGGAGGCCUUCAAGAGGAGCCUGCAGGACGACAUGCAGGCGUUCAGCUGCAGCCUCGGUGCCGUCAGCAGCCGCUACCAGGAGAGACAGAGCCACUUCGAUGCUCUGCGGCAGGAGCUCAGCAACGAGCUGAAAUGGGUGCAGGAGGUGAUGGGGUCAUUUCCCAUGGACGGAGGCGGUGGAGGGUUCGCCAACUGCAACUUCUCCACCGUCUUCAACAACGACGUGAAUGAAGCCCUGAAGGAGCUGCUGAACCGCUCUUGUGGAGGAGAGCUGCUGUCCGGGAUCAACCUGGACUUUGAGACCGGACAGCAAAGAUAAAUGUUCAGUACCUCACAAUUAUUAUGAAACCACAGGAGGCUGUAAUGUAGCAGUGUGUUGGUAAAGACACGUAACAGCUUUUCAUCUGUGUAUUUUCUCUAUGACUUAUUAUAAACUGUAUAAAAACAUGUAUUGGUACUAUGGGUGUUUGUUAAAGGGACAGUUCACCCCCAAAUCAAAAUACAUAUCUUUCCCUUGA